AAAGCAAAUAUGCCUCUCAAGUAUAUAAGUCCACUCUCACUAACCUCUGUUAUCUACAGUUCACUCACAUAUACAACCUUCAAAGAUGAAGAGUCACUACACAAACACAGUUUCUGCUGUUAAUCUCUUGUUUUGCCUCUUCAUCACGUCUGCCUCUUCACGUUCCUUCAUACGCCAAUUCACUGAUGACCUCAACACAAAUCUGCAGCAGGAGAAUGGAGCAGGACCAAAAACAAUCCAGGGAGAAGCGCAUUACCCAUAUCAACAUCAAGAGAUCUCAUCACGUAAUUAUAAACUCUCAGAUUCAAACAAAUUGACGGGACUCAGAGAUCGUCCUCCAGCUACUUACUCUCUCAAGAUGGAGUCUUUUAACACGCUCCUUAAGUCAACGAACACAGAGAGAUACGUAUCUCGUCCUUUCUCGGCCUCUGGAUACAACUGGACACUUGUUGUGUAUCCCAACGGGAACAAGAAAGAUAAUGGUGCAGGGUUCCUUUCGCUUUACGUAGCCAUAGACAAUUCAACUCUCUCUCCACAUCAAGAAGUUUACGUUGAUCUCAGGUUUUAUGUCUUCAACAGGAUAGAGAAGAAGUACUUUACCAUCCAAGAUACACAUGGAUGGAGAUUCAAUCUCUUCAAAACGAUGUGGGGAUUCUCUCAGGUUCUCCCUGUUGAUACUUUUAAAGACUCAAGAAAUGGAUACCUCUACGAUGGAGAUCACUGCGAGUUUGGUGUUGAUGUGACCGUUCCUUCUCUGUUUGAAAAAUCUGAACUUUUCACUGUCGCUGAGAAAUUCUAUAACCCGAGAUUUACCUGGACCAUUCGGGGAUUCUCCACGCUGCUCAAAGAUACCUACUACUCAGAUGUGUUCUCCAUUGGAGGAAGACGUUGGAAUAUACAAGUGAAUCCAAGUGGUCGUGCCACGGGAGAGGGAAAAGCCUUGUCGAUGUAUCUUAUCGUUAACGCCAACGAGAAGUUCAGACCCUAUGAGAAGAUUUAUGUUCGAGCCAAGCUUCGAGUUCUUAACCAACGACAAUUCAAUAAUAUAGAGAUGCAAAUUGAUCAUUGGUUCAAUGGUCAGGGAUAUGGAGAUGAAUUUGGGUGGGGUCUUCAUGAGUUUAUCUCACUCUCUGAUCUCAAAGAUUCAUCAAAGGGUUUCCUCGUGAAUGAUGUGUUGAUGGUUCAAGUCGAAAUUGAAGCCAUAUCUUCAACCAAGUACUUCCCUAAUUAAAUUUUCUCUUGUUAACCAAGGAACUUGCAACUCCAUGUUUUUUCUUUGUUAUCAAUCCCCUGUGUUGUGUUUGCGUUUCAAAUAAAAUGAGUUUAUAUUUCUCAUAUACAUAU